UUUUUUAAACUUCUUUGAUAGGUUAUGAUCAUAUUAAUAAUCCAGAAAGAAGACUUGUGCCUGUGCACAGCAGGCAUGAAGUGCCUUUCCCUUUUGACACAGCGAUGGGGGACAACUACCACCAGCCAAAGCAAAAACCUGAACUGCUGUGCAACAACACAGAUCCUAAUGUGGCCUGUUGUGGUAUAGUUCCAACUGUUGUGCAAAGGCACGUCCACACUCAGCAGAAAAGAUCAGAUUUGACAAACUAUGACAGGUUUUGUGGAAAGAAUGUCCCAAAUGCCGCAUGUGUGAUAAAGUCUCUGCUACCCCCGGAGCUGCAGCAGUUACACAGAAUUUUACCUGAGGAGGAAAGGGCGGCUGUAAAAACAAUUUUGAGUAAAGAUGCAUAUCCGAACAACAGGGAGAAAGUGAAUAAACUUCCAGCCAUACUUAAUUCUUGCUCACCAGAGUGGAUAUCAAGCUGGCCAGGACCUCCCUGAACUUAUUGCUUAUUUUAGUAGCUUGUUUAUCUUGCUUGAUUGAGAGGUAAAACAAUGUAAUAAAUUAUAUAGAACAAUAUAUAUAGCAAAUUCAUUUGCUAUGUUUUUUUGUGUGGAACUUGUGUGUUGUGAUAUCUGCCUGAUGAAAAGAUAUUUAUCUGCCUUUAUGUUUCAUCAAGCCGUUAUUGUGCUAUAUCACUUUUAGAUUGUGAAAUAUUAUUUUCCAAGUAUUUCCAAAAGGAAUAUUAAUGAUCUUUUUCUUUAAUUUAUUUAUUCCCUUCGUAGUUGCAAUGAAAAUGUAAAACCGUGUCAGUAUUUAUGAGAUGAAUGAAACUACCUGAAAACUGUUACACUAAUUAAAUGAUUAAAGUAAACUCUAAACAAUGCAAUCUAUUGUUAGUUUUAAACUGGAUUUAACAUGGUGACAAAGCUGUUUCUCUCUGCAGAAGUGCAGUCUUGUCUUUAGUUUUUUAGUCUCAGUUGUCACUCUUGGUUUCUUAGUUACCAUGGGGCCACCUGCUCUGCUCAGGUGUAAUAUUAGAGUGAGUGUCGGGUAGACAAAUGUGAGAUCUGUCUGAUUAACAUCUGUUCAGAAGUCUGACUGAGGAAAAGUGCUGCUUUUUACAUCACGUCAACGUUUAAGAUAACACUGUCUAACAAAGAUGUCAUUGGGGAAAAAGGUUCGCUCUUCUUCAGCUUCAGGAAGAUUACAAACCCAACAUGUGACCAGCAUCCUCUCUGAACUAGGGAGUCGGAUGAGAAACACUUCCGGGCCAGGUGGUCGGGGUGAGAAAGUCACAGGUGACUUUUCAGCACCAGGACGAGCGGGUGUCAGCGAGGACAGAAAUGAGCAGCCUGAAUGGUUAGUUCGAGAGCGGCUGAAACAGAUCAGGCGAAGACACUCUGUCACACUCGGAGACAAGGCUCAAAUAAUGAGACGACAACACUACAGAACUGACUCAACUUGUAGCCUCAAGAUUGAUGAGACAAUAUCAUUCGACGACCUCCAGAAACUGAAACUAGCAUUUGAGGAAUUUGAAAAGAGUGGCUUGAGAUCCAUUGACGCAAAGAAUUUUGGACGUAUAGUGAAGAAGUGUUUGGGUUUGCCUAAAACAAGCAAUGCACAGAUUCAAGGAUUAUUUAAGAAGAUUGAUUAUUCAGGUCGAGGAAGGAUUUCAUGGGGUGAGUUCUGCGCACACAUGCUGCAGGAAUACAAAGAGAACCAGGAAACUGCAAGACGCAGCAAGCAGGUGGCUUUCACUCUGCCAGCCACUAUGAAGGCAUUGUGUCAUGGCCUUCCCAUAGUCAACAUCCACUCCACCUAUGAUGGCAGUAUCCUCACAGUGCAGGAAAACGGGGAUGUUUGCCACUGGAGCCCUGAACUUAAACCACUGAAGAUCAAACACAUGUUUAAAGAAGGACCUGCAAACAGGAAGUCAAAGUGGGCAAGUGAUUUUACUCUCAUGACAGAGUACAACAAGCUGAUGAUCGGAACAGGGGACAGAGAGAUCCAACUUUAUGAGCUUUCCACUCUGGAGCCUUAUUGCCAGAUCAAUGCACUAGACACAGUGCCUUUGACAUUGGACUACGGCUACACUGGCCCUGAUAAAUGCUGUAUUGUGUAUGGAGACACUGAGGGAUGUGUGACCAUCAUUUUAAUAUCCUCCGUUGGAGAUACCCUCAGAUUAUGGAAUAAAUUACCAAAGAUUGAAAAUAUACCCAACAUAAUGAUUGAUAAUGCAGUGCUUUCUCCGAAUGUGAUAUUUGUCAGAUGGAAGGUUCAUCUGGACUGGGUAACACAGGCAAAAUAUUUUCAAAGUUUUCAAGCUGUUGUCUCUUCAUCAAAUGAAGAAUCUUCGUCUCUUGUCAUAGGCUGUGUGCUGCCCUUAACAGACGCUGAGCAGCAGCUGAGUGAGAUCAGGGAGGCCUGCUAUGAAGGUAAGACCAAAAAGGUCCAACUGAGCUGGACUCCACAGCUCCGAGCAUCAUGUGACCAGACAGUUUUCACCAUCCACAAAGGUGUCAAAACUUUUGACCUUUGUCAGAAGCACAGCUUGCUGGUCACUGGAGGUAUGGACAGACUCAUACGCAUGUGGAACCCACAUUUUUCUGGGAAACCAACUGGUAUUUUGAAAGGCCACUCGGCUCCCAUCAUCUACCUCUGCAUCUUCUCAGCAGACAGUCAGAUCUUCUCUGUCUCCAUAGACAGCACUGUGAAAAUCUGGGAUAUUCAAGAUCAGUGUUGCCUGUUGACAACAGACCGCAAAGCAAGCGGGAUUCAUGGUGACAUAUCUGCAUGCUCGUAUUCCUCUGCUAUGAAAUCCCUUUACAUUGCAGCAGACUGUAUGGCUGUGCUCUCCCUGAAGAUAAGGCCACGGCUUCACAGCCGUCUGACUGUUUCGCAUAAUGAGCCUGUAAUGUGUUGCGGCUACAGUGAGGAGUUUCGUCAAGUUGUCAGCUGCACUGAGGGAUCUGUGGUGAAAGUCUGGGAUUUUGACACUGGAUGUCAGGUUUUUGAGUAUGGUGGUGCACAUGACCUGUCUGCCAUCACAUGCAUGGCUUUUGACCACAAUGGGAGGAGACUCAUAACAGGUGGAAGAGAUGGUUAUUUAAAGAUCUGGAACUUCAACAAUGGUCAGUGCCUAAAGACACUAAAGAAGGAUGGUGAUUGUCACGAGGUGAGGGACUGCAUCUUUCUGAAAGUUCACAGGAAUUUCUAUGUGAUGUCUGUCGGCCGGGACCAGAAGAUUGACAUUUACUCAGAUAUACCUGAGGACCUUCAUCGUGUCCAGAGGCCGCAGCCUUCGUGGCAGGAUGAUUUGAAAUAUGGCCAUAAGGAGGACAUCCUUUGUGUGGCGCAGUGUCCCCCAUCUCUCCUAGCCACCAGCAGCAAUGAUGGAGAGAUUAUAGUGUGGAAUGUGGUUUCUGGACGUAUACAGUGUCGGUUUUUCAGCCCUCUUCCAGCUAAUCACCAAAAUGCUGAAGGACUUGAUACAAGCGUUCCAAGCAUCACUUUCCUAAAGAAUUCCAAGUUACAGCAGUUUUCCUCGGCUACAGCUCUCUUGUCAUCUGGGGCCAUGGGUUAUAUAAAUCUCUGGAACGUGCUCAGUGGAGGAAAUUUUGUGGGCAGCUUCAAAGCUUCUAGAUUCCAACAAAAGAUUACAAAACUGGCUAAAACAGACAAGGACACGUUGCUGUACGCUGCUGACCAAAUCGGUUACAUCUACAUUUACAACAUGGAGAAGUUUUCCCCUGAGCAAAACUCACCUAGAGUUGAAAACUUCUGGCGUGCCCACACCAGCAGAGUUACUGGCCUGCAGAUUGUUGACGUUGAUCAAGUGGUGCUUACCUCAUCCACCGACCACACUGUGCGCCUUUGGAGUACACAUGGAGAAUUCAUAGGGACCUUUGGUCAGUCUGAGAGCUGGAGCGUCCACAUCUCCUCUUCCUGGAAGCAUCCUGCUGUCCCCUAUGAAAUUCUGAUUGAUCCUCUGAGUAUGCCAGAUCAUGAAAUUCUGAAUGUAAAAACAUGUAUUUCUGAUGCCAUCAAACCUGACAAGACUGAGGCUCGUAGAGGGGAACUUGAACUUUGUGUGCACAGCAAGCUGAGACUUCCUCCACCAUCCAUCAGUGACACAGACAGUGAGGAAGAUUAAAGCAUGUUUUAUCCAGAGGAACACAAGAGUGGGCGCUGUCGUGAAAUUGUCAGGCAUACUAACAAGCCCUCGAACCACUGUGCUCUGAAAGGCCUUGAUACUGUGGAGCCACCAAACACUACUGAAUGAUCUGACCCCUCCCUCGCUGGUAUUGAUCCUUUCAUAAGCAGCACCGAGGAACUAGAGUCAACUGUAUAAGAUGAAACAGUAUUGAUCACAUUUGGGAACUGGGUCAUCGCAGCAUGCAAUACCAUAAAGCCAACAUAGAAAAAUAAAAUAGAAUGAAAUAAUAGUGAGAAUUCUGGCUGUAUGUAGUCACACCCAACUGACAUUUUCAACAACAGACCAUGUGAAGUAAAACAAUGGAUGAAUGAAAGUGUUAAACAGAAAAUUUGGCAAAUAACUGAACUGAUUUUAAGACUGCCCAAGUGAUCCCUGGAAGGUUUCUACAAGUUCUGUAGGAUCUACAGGUGCUCACGUUAAAGAAGGAGCUGAGUAAUCAGCUUUCCAGUGCUGUUCCACAAAAUUGCUAUUUGCAUUUUGAAACACACAACUGUUCAUGUUUUAGUACUGUUAUAAAAUGAAAUAAAAAGGGUAAAGAUCAAAAAGGGUUGGGAAUUUGUUACCAUAAGACUAAAUCAGCUAUGAUAGCUUUGACAUUUACGGCUUCAGGCUGUGAGCAGCAUAUUUUCCUUAUAUACCAGUUUAGUUUUCUACAAAAACACACCAAUGUAUUUAGCAAUAGGAAGAAAUUUCUUAUAGAUAUUCUUUAUUAUAACCAUAACCAAAUAUUUCAACUAAGCUUAUAAUUCUUUUUUUUUUUUUUUUUUUUUUUUUUUUUUACAGAAAUUGAACUUUUAUCUUUGGAUUUUUAAAUUAGGCAACUGUUUACUAACAUCUAACCAUAUCAACUUAAAGGUGAUUAUAUGUCAGUGUUGUGUUUAUGUGUUGUUUCAGUCACACCUUAGUGGCUACAAAAAUCAGUACUUGCAGGUUUAAAUGUAAGAUAAAAACUUUUUUCUUUCUUCUUCUUAAUGGCUGGGAUAAAGAUAAUUUAACGUUACUGAUCCAGACCUGAUUUUGAAAUUAUGAGAGAACUGCAGGAAAAAGAAAACAUAUCACAUCCUUUCAGUGAUAAUGGCUCUGAUUUGCAUAAUAAAUUUCUUUAACUUCAAAAUGUAUGAUGUAUUAUGUGUAAGAUGUAUUUAUUAUGAUCUUGUGAAGGUGCUCUGGCCUCCAUUUUAUUAUUAAAGCCUGCAAACUUUCAAAUGUCAACCCUAUUUAUUAUAAAGAAAUCAUGUUUAACAUUACCAUUUAUGUAAUGUCCUUGCUAUAGCUGUCCUCACCUGCUUUAUAACUUUCAAGGAUU